AUGGAGCAAAUGAUGCAAGUAACUGUGGCAACACUGUUGCCUGAAAAUAGCAGCACGUCGUCGCCGUUCGGUCCAUCGACAGCUCCAGUCUCUGCAGAAUGGGAUCUCAUCACCACCACCAUCCUUCCCCCCUGCAUCUUCAUUUUAUCCCUCUCAGGACUUCUGUUUAACACCUUCGUCCUCGCUGUGUUUCUGAUCCACAAGGACAGACUGACGGUGGCUGAAAUCUAUCUGAGCAACCUGGCUCUGGCUGACUUUCUUCUUCUGUGCGGACUCCCGUUCUGGGCGAUGAGCUUGCUCAACAACUUCGACUGGCCGUACGGGGACGCUUUGUGCAAGCUGGUCAACUCCAUCAUCCUCAUCAACUUCUACACCAGCAUCUACACUCUUGUCAUGAUAAGCAUCGACCGCUACUUAGCGCUGGUGAAGACCAUGACGGCCGGGUGGCUCCGACGGACACUCUAUGCCAAGGUGGCCUGCUUCGUCUUGUGGAUAUUAGGACUAUUGCUGAGUGUGCCAGCCAUGAUUCACAGACAGACAAUAUUUAACGAAGAGAAUGAGCUUACUUACUGUAUUCUGAAUUAUGAUCACGGAAGCUUCUCAAAGCUGACCCAUCAAAUUUUGUUGAACUUGGUGGGUUUCAUUCUCCCUGUUCUGAUCAUUGUUUUCAGCAGUGGUAAUAUAAUCAGGUCUUUGGCUCAGAGGAGAGAGAACAUGGGUUUUCAAGACAUUAAUGACACAAAGGCCACUGUACUUGUGUAUUCUGUCACGGCGCUUUUUCUCCUGUGCUGGGGUCCAUUCCAGAUAUUCACUUUCCUCGACACACUCUGUGAUAUCCAAGUACUAGAUGAGGAGCUGUGGUCUCACACUCUGGAUAUCGGAACGCAGGUUUCGGCGUAUAUUGCUGUCCUCAACAGCACCCUGAACCCUUUGCUUUAUGUCUUCUCUGGACAGUACUUCCGGAGGAAGGUCAGCGCCAUCUAUCGAAGGAACAGAAACCAACGCAGAGGAUCAGACAUGACUAUAUAUCAGCGUUCGGUUGUGUCCACUUAUAUAAACAGGACGGACCAAAUCAAGGCUGUAGUGCUUUUUAAUGUAAAGGAUCAAAGAUGA